UGUGGCAGAGGCUGCAGAUGCAGAGGGGACAGGAUGUGCUGCCUGCAGCUCACAGGAGGGCAGGGAGCUACAAACACCUUCAGAGCAGGACUCCUGGCCAAGCUGCACGUGUCCCACACAGCCCCAGUGCCAGGACUCAUCCCUUCCCUUCUCCCACAUCCAGGGGUGCAAGCGACUGUCCCUGUUUCAUUAGCCCCUCACUAUUGUCAAAGGGAGCUCUGUCUACAUCACUGGCAACCCAGGGAAGAUGCAGCUGAGGUGCACCUGGCUCCAGGAGUGGGUGGAAGGCAGCAGCUGUCUGCAGUAAGGACCAUGGGUUGCUCCGGUGUGGGACUGAGGGGGUUUGGAUGGAUGAGGAGUGGGACCAAUGCUGUGGGAUGCACUCAGACCUACGGGUAGGAGGUGUUGCUGUCCCUCCUGCAAAGAUGGACCCUGUAGGCCAGGAAAGGACCAAAAAGGAAGUCAAGUUCCUUCCCUUCUAUUUCAAUCUGCUGAGCCACCAAACUUGUGGGUUUGUGGUUGCAAAACAAACCCCUAUUUCAUAAGGCAGAGAAGAAGCCAUUUCACCAUCAAGUGACCGGACCUAAGAAAGAGAAACAAAAAGUCCUGAUAGCCUUUCUCCCAAGGUCUGCCGGGUCUUAAGUUGUCACAGGGGCCCUGCCCUGGGCAUGUGACUGGACACUGUGGUUCCAGUUCAGCCACCCCAGCCCUGCAGUCGUGCUGCAGAAAGCCAAGCCGUGGGACAGGAGGCAGCUUGUGACAGCGAGCUUGUGUCAGGAGCCACAAGGAGCCCCGCAGCUGCUCGGUGCCUCUGGCCAACGCUUCCCUCUGCAGAAGCCCUGCUUGAGCCGAAUACUGAGGGAGCCAAGAGGGACGUGAUGCCACCUGUGACCCGUGUGCUGGCCUUGGGUGAGUGCCAGAGGCUGUGGGGAUUCCCAGAGGGCGACGGGAGGUGUUGCCCAGACACUCCAUGGAGGUGUUACACGGCUGCUUCUCUUGCAGGCGCUUGGCUGGUGUCACUGGGCGAGGCUACACCAAGUGCCCCCACAAUUUCCAUCUUCCAGAAGCCACCAGGGGUGAUCCCACCUGGAGGCUCCACCACCAUCUACUGCAUUUGCCAGUGCAGCAGUGGGAGCUUUAGGAUGUACAAGGGCGGCCACCAGCUCCCCACCCUGGAGCAGAGUGGUGGCAAGGCCGAGUUCUCCAUCUCUAAUGCCACCUACGAGGACAGAGGUACCUACGUCUGCCAUUACCUGGAGGGAGACACUGAGCUGGCUCGAAGCACUGGACUGGAAGUCUUUGUGGAAGGUGAGGGAUGUGCUGUUUCCCCCCUUGUGGGGUCACACGCCCCAGGGCACACCAGGAUGCCUGUGGCCAUUUCCAUGGGGGACAAGGUUUUUCUCCUCUUCCCUGGCUUGGGGAGGUGGGGACCAUCUUCACCUCUGCCUGAGGCAGUUGGUGGCUUCACAGAGAUCUUAGUGCUCCUGGCACCACGUCAAAGCCCUCUGCACCUUCUCACUCCCUCUCCUGUGCCCCCAGAGCUCCGUCUGCCCCGACCCGACCUCUCUGUCCUCCCUGGGCACGAGGUGGAUGUGGGAGCUGAGGUGAUGUUCCGCUGCACCACCACACAGCCCAGCACCAGCUGUUACCUGUACCUGGAGGGCCAGAUGGAAGUGCCGCUGUUCCUCAGGGAACAAGGGAACCACAACUUCUCCCUCGUGCAGAAAGGUCACAGCGGCCGCUACAGCUGCCAGUGCAUGAAGGGUUGGAAAGAAUGGUCUGCUGUCAGCAACACCCUGGACUUGGUGGUGAGAGGUGAGACAUCGCCCCAGCCACAUCCUGCUCCACUCUUCCUCCCUGCAAUCUGUCACAUCCUGGGGGAACUAGAAAGAGUUUAGGGCAGGAGAGCAGCUGUAUGAAGGGACCAAGGAGAGGGUUCCAGCUUCCUUCACCUGCAUUUGAGCCUGGCCAGCUCCUCAGAACCCUAUAGAUGACCUGGAGACCAAGGUUGCUGGGCUGAUAGGUGAGGAUAAAUGUCAAAGGACACCUCUCCCUGCACCUCCCAGCCCCAGGAACAGUCAUAACAUGUUGUCACAGCUCAGUGUCACCAUCUCGCUGGCAGUGGGCCAGCUCCAUGUUUCUUCCCUCCUUUCCAUCUUUGGUGCCACUUGGUGGGGUCACAGGUGAGAGGCUGUGAGCAGAGGGUGUCCCAGGGGACAGGGAUGUGGGAGGUACAUAGGGGGCCCCCUCGGGGCUCUCUUUGCUCCUUAGGAACUUCGCUUUGUCUCUCUUUGGCUGAGGACCUGCCUGGGGUGUCCCCUUGCCCUGUGCGUCCCCUUGGAUCCCCUGCUGCCCCCGUGGGAGGA